UAUGACCAAUUGCCCUACUCUGAUUGUCAUGGUUGGUCUCCCAGCAAGAGGAAAAACCUACAUCUCGAAGAAGCUGACGCGCUAUUUAAAUUGGAUUGGUGUGCCUACAAAAGAAUUUAAUGUUGGUCAGUAUCGUCGAGAUUUGGUGAAAAAGUAUAAAUCUUUUGAAUUCUUCCUGCCUGACAAUGAAGAAGGCUUGAAAAUCAGGAAACAGUGUGCCUUAGCAGCGCUGAAUGACGUCCGACAGUACCUCAGUGAAGAAAGUGGGCACGUGGCUGUCUUUGAUGCUACAAACACAACUCGAGAACGUAGAGAAACUAUUUACAAAUUCGGUGAAGAAAAUGGAUAUAAGACUUUUUUUGUUGAGUCGGUAUGCGUAGAUCCAGAGGUCAUUGCUGCAAACAUUGUGCAAGUGAAGCUGGGUAGUCCUGACUAUGUUGAUUGUAGUAAUGAUGAAGCAACAGAGGACUUCAUGAAAAGAAUAGAGUGCUACAAGAACUCGUAUGAGACGUUAGAUGAAACUCUUGACAAGGAUCUUUCUUAUAUCAAAAUUAUGGAUGUUGGAAGGAGUUACCUUGUGAACAGAGUAAUGGAUCACAUUCAGAGCCGGAUUGUCUACUACCUCAUGAAUAUCCAUGUGACUCCUCGGUCAAUCUACCUCUGUCGACAUGGAGAAAGUGAACUCAAUCUGAAAGGGAGAAUAGGAGGAGAUCCUGGACUGUCUGUCAGGGGGAAAGAAUUUGCCAAAAGCUUGGCACAAUUUAUUAAUGAGCAAAAUAUCAAAGAUCUGAAGGUUUGGACCAGCCAGAUGAAAAGGACAAUUCAGACUGCUGAAGCCUUGGGAGUGCCUUAUGAGCAGUGGAAGGUUUUGAAUGAGAUAGAUGCAGGAGUAUGUGAAGAAAUGACAUAUGAAGAAAUACAGGAAAAUUAUCCGCUUGAGUUUGCACUGAGAGACCAAGACAAAUACAGAUACAGAUACCCUAAAGGAGAGUCCUAUGAAGAUCUUGUUCAGAGACUGGAGCCAGUAAUUAUGGAACUUGAAAGGCAGGAAAAUGUGCUUGUCAUAUGUCACCAAGCUGUCAUGCGCUGUUUGCUUGCAUAUUUUCUUGACAAGCCCGCAGAACAACUGCCUUACCUGAAGUGCCCACUGCAUACUGUCUUAAAGCUAACCCCGGUGGCUUAUGGAUGUAAAGUAGAAUCUAUAUUUCUGAAUGUUGAAGCUGUAAACACACACAGAGAUAAACCCGAGAAUGUAGACAUUUCCAGACCUCCCGAGGACGCUCUUGUAACAGUCCCUGCUCAUCAGUGAAUCCUGUAUGCUGAUCAGAUGUUGAACUUGGGGUGCUCUUUUCGUCAUACUACUUCAAAACAAAUUGAAAAACUCCUCAUUCCAAUCAC